CAGAAUCGGACGGUACUCGAAGGAUUAAAUGUGGCGUUUUCAUGUAAUGCAAGUGGCAAUCCCACAAUAAAAUUAUCAUGGACCAAAAAUGGAUCUCCUAUAAAUACCACUGACAAUGCUAGAAUCAGUUUAUCAGCAGGCAACAAACAACUGAACAUAACCAAUGUGAACAGGGUGGACAGUGGGGAAUACAGAUGUGUGGCUAACAACAGUGUUAGUGCAGUUAAUUCCAGUGCUGCCUUUCUUACAGUUCAAUGUAAGAAUACUUUUCUCAUUUACUUGCGCCUAACUGUGUACUAGUAAGGGUGUAUCAGUGAUCUUGGCAAUUCAAGCAAUCUCAUCGGUUAGUUAUCUCGGACUAUGACGUUAUAUUCACCGCGCUAGGCGGUGAAUAUAAAGCAGAACAAAGUCGCUGUCGUGAACUGGGUGUUUUAGCCAAAGUGUCGUAGUAAAGCCUUUUAGAAAAUACACGAAUAUCCGAGUGCUGAUGACUUUGAAGGCAAGAAAAGACUUCAUGGUGCUUAAACAGCGUGAUAGAUUGUGAAGUGGUUUACUGUAGCUGACUUUUUGUACGUUCGAAGUUAUAUUUACCACUGCAGAAGAAAUCGAAGUCGCUUUGCCACUGUUUUGUGAUUUCGGGAUUUGUUUUAAUGGGCAGUGAAGAGUUCAAGUACUGUUAUUAUUAUUUUUUUUAAAGUAGUAGUCGUUUUAACAACCCUUAACUCUAGAAAGAACCUUAGUUUCUGCCGAUUAGAAUCAGUUAUUCUACAUUUUUUCGUUGUUUUCCCAAAUAUUGAGAUAUUAGUUUAGGGCGAUAUAUCUGCAGGUCAAAACUCGUCAUUAAUAAUUAUUUCCAUUUUAAAUUUUAGUAUUUAAGAACUAGCUUUUCAGAGUUACCUCAGAGAUAUCAUUUAACAGUGGAACCUAUAUCUCUUAACAAAUGAGUACUUUUUCUCUUAACACAGAUCAACCUGAGAUCUCCGAACAUCCACAGAAUCAGAUAGUACUGGAAGGCUUGAAUGUAUCAUUUUUAUGCAAUGCAACUGGCAAUCCUACGCCGACAUUAUCUUGGACCAUAAAUGGAUCUCCUGUAAAUACUACUUCCAAUCCAAGAAUCACUUUUUCAGCAUAUAACACACAACUAACAAUAACGACUGUGAAGAGAACGGACGGUGGAGAAUACAAAUGUUUGGCUAGCAACAGUGUUAAGACAGUAACCUCUACUGCUGCCUUUCUUAUAGUUCAAUGUAAGGAAGCCUUCACCAUUUUCAAAACGUUUACCUCUAUACAUCAGUAG